GCAGAGCCAGGGUUUUCAAAAACCUAGAGAGGGAACGAAAAUGGAGGGGGCAUCAUACCAGAGGUUCCCCAAGGUCAAAAUCCGUGAGCUCAAAGAUGACUACGCCAAAUUCGAGCUCCGGGAAACCGACGCCAGCAUGGCCAAUGCGCUCCGCCGCGUCAUGAUUGCGGAGGUUCCGACCAUCGCCAUCGACCUUGUUGAAAUCGAGGUCAACUCUUCUGUUCUUAAUGAUGAGUUCAUUGCACAUCGUCUUGGCCUUAUCCCUCUAACAAGCGAGCGCGCCAUGAGCAUGCGGUUCUCACGUGACUGCGAUGCCUGUGACGGUGACGGUCAGUGUGAGUUUUGUUCUGUUGAGUUUCAUCUGAGAGCCAAGUGUAUAAAUGAUCAAACCCUAGAUGUUACCAGUAAAGAUCUCUAUAGCUCUGACCACACUGUUGUGCCUGUCGACUUCUCCGAUACCGGUGCCGGCUUUGAAAAUAAUGAAGAUCAGAGGGGAAUAACAAUUGUGAAACUGCGCAAAGGGCAAGAACUGAGGCUAAGAGCAAUAGCUCGAAAGGGAAUUGGAAAAGAUCAUGCCAAGUGGUCACCUGCUGCAACCGUCACUUUCAUGUAUGAACCUGAGAUUCAUGUUAAUGAAGAAAUGAUGGAGACAUUAUCACUUGAGGAGAAAACAAGUGUUGUGGAGAGCAGCCCUACCAAAGUCUUUGGCAUAAACCCCCAUACCCAGCAGGUGGAGGUGGUAGAUCGUGAGGCAUACACAUACGAUGAUGAAGUGCUGAAGAAAGUGGAAGCGAUGGGGAAACCAGGACUUGUGGAAAUCUACGCAAAAGAAGACAGUUUCAUCUUCACGGUCGAGUCCACGGGUGCAGUGAAAGCCUCUCAGUUGGUGCUUAAUGCAAUUGAAGUACUGAAACAGAAGCUGGAUGCAGUUCGGCUGUCUGAGGACACCGUAGAAGCUGAUGACCAAUUUGGUGAAUUAGGUGCUCAUAUGCGAGGAGGAUGACCGACCAAUUACCAUUUUGUUGGCUUAAAAAUCCCCGACUCUACUGCUACUUAUUUCACUAUGUUAAUGUACUAAUCAAUCUUCAUGCUUUCAACUAGACUUGAUUGAUUGAUUGAUUGAACUGGGUGUGGCUACUUCAUGCUAUUUUUAUGGAUUAUGGAUCCAUAUAAUUGUAUUGUAGGAUAACAUGCAAUAUGACAUCCAAACAUUGAUCCUUAGAUACAA